CUCCGCAUUUACACGCGCUCCUCGUUAAACUUCGCUCUCCUUUCCCCUUUCUCUCUCUCUCUCUCUCUCUCUCUCUCUAACAUUUCUAACUACAUUGUUCGUAUGCUCUCUCGACGAUAUUAUUUCUCUCACUAAACUAUUCCUAAUCCCUGCAACAUUAUUUCUCUACACUAUUCCUAUUUUUUUGUUUAUUUUAACUUAAUUUUCCGAUCAGAUGCUUCUUCCAGUUUCUCUCACUAAAAGCUGAUCUCUCGCUUCACUGUUUUCCUUUAUUUAAGUCGAAAUCUCGCUCUAUCGAGUCGUUUAAGUGUUUAUUUUUUCACAUUACUCUCUAUUUCUCGAUCAUUAUCUGCCUCAGUUUCUCUCUCUAUCUCUACACAAUUCUCUCUCUAGAGCUUGUGAUUUGGGGUCGAGAAGACCUAAUUCACAAUUGGGUAGAAUUCGGGACAAUUUGAAUAUUCACACGCAAAGAUGCAGCCUGAUCAAAGAAGAAAAGGCCCUGUAGAAAUGGAUUUCUUUACUGAGUAUGGAGAAGGCAGUCGCUAUAAGAUUGAGGAAGUUAUAGGUAAAGGAAGCUAUGGUGUAGUGUGCUCUGCAUUAGAUACUCACACUGGGGAGAAAGUCGCAAUUAAGAAGAUAAAUGACAUUUUUGAGCAUGUCUCUGAUGCGACUAGAAUUCUACGAGAGAUCAAGCUUCUUAGGCUUCUUCGCCACCCCGAUAUUGUUGAGAUCAAGCAUAUCUUAUUGCCCCCUUCAAGAAGGGAAUUCAAGGAUAUAUAUGUGGUGUUCGAGCUCAUGGAAUCAGAUUUACACCAGGUUAUCAAGGCCAACGAUGACUUGACCCCUGAGCAUUAUCAGUUCUUCCUUUAUCAGCUGCUUCGAGGCUUGAAAUUCAUACAUUCAGCAAAUGUUUUCCAUCGCGACCUUAAACCAAAGAAUAUAUUAGCAAAUUCUGAUUGCAAACUCAAAAUCUGCGACUUUGGCCUUGCAAGGUUUGCCUUCAAUGAUACCCCGACAGCCAUAUUCUGGACGGACUAUGUUGCAACGAGAUGGUACAGAGCUCCGGAAUUGUGCGGUUCCUUCUUCUCAAAGUACACCCCAGCAAUAGAUAUUUGGAGCAUUGGUUGCAUAUUUGCUGAAAUUUUAACUGGAAAGCCACUCUUUCCAGGGAAAAAUGUGGUUCACCAACUGGAUAUAAUGACUGAUUUGUUAGGAACGCCUUCCGCAGAAGCCAUUGCAAGGGUUCGCAAUGAGAAGGCUCGGAGAUACUUAGGCAGCAUGCGUAAGAAAAAACCUGUACCUUUCACGCAAAAAUUUCCAAAUGUGGAUCCUUUUGCUCUCCGUUUAUUGGAAAGGAUGCUUGCAUUUGAACCUAAAGAUCGGCCAACUGCUGAAAAGGCUUUGGCCGAUCCCUACUUCAGGGGCCUGGCAAGGGUUGACAGGGAGCAUUCUACCCAACCACUGACAAAGAUGGAAUUCGAAUUCGAGAGGAGGAGGUUAACAAAAGAGGAUAUAAGGGAGCUCAUAUAUAGAGAAAUUCUUGAGUACCAUCCAAAGAUGCUGAAAGAAUUCCUGGACGGAACUGAUUCUACUGGGUUUAUGUACCCAAGUGCUGUUGAUCAAUUCAAGAAACAGUUCGCUUACCUAGAGGAGCACUUUGGAAAUGGCGUGACAGUUGCCCCAUUAGAGAGGCAACACGCAUCGUUGCCUAGGCCUUGUGUGUUAUAUUCAGAAGAAGCUACUCAAAAUUCAGAGGUCCUUGCUGAUUCCUCUAGGUGUGGCAAUAGCGAGUCAAAUAAGCCACCGUCAGAUAAGAUCGCUGGGAUUGCAAUGAGCAAGGUUCCCCUCCAAGUUCAUCAGAAAGCUCUGCAAGGCAGUGCUGCAAAGCCCGGAAAAGUAAUCGGGUCAGUUUUGCAUAAUGGGAAUGGGGUGGCAUUGACAGAGGCCUAUGAGCAGCGGAGAGUCAUAAGACAUCACCCAGCCAUUGUCACUCAAUACAAUGCUUCUAAUUGCUCGUACCCUCGUAGAAAUUCAGCCAUUAAAGGAGAAAUAAGGGAAGAGGAGGCAUCAAAUGUUGUCCAACCAAAGCCCCAAUAUGUUGCUCGAAAAGUUGCAUCUCAAGCUGGAGCUGGUCCUUGGUGCUAGUUUCUUGUGGGGCCCAUCUAUCAGCAUGAAUAGAACGUGUUGCUGGCUCAGCAACUGAUGGACUAUGAAAGGUGGAAACCAUCAUCCUCCAUAGGCCAUUGUUGUCAUGAUCGUCUGUUGAGAUGAUGGACGGUGAUGGACACAAAAUGGGCACCCACCAUUUGGGUCAUGUCCUGUUCUGGUGGUUCUCUCUCUCUCUCUCUCACACACGCACACACACAUCAUUCAUGACCCCAAUGGAACUAUGGUUCAUCAAGAAUGGGUCCCCUCUAUUCAUAUGCUGCUCUCCCAAAUUUCUUACUAUUAUCGAGCGAAAAAAAAAUUGCUAAAUAUAUCUUCCUGUGAUGACCUAGAUGAGAAAGGUCACUGGAAUAGUCACUACCUAUCCAUCUGUGUAGUUUGCUGAUACAUGAAAAUGGAUACACUGACCUGACCAUAACUAUGUGGCUUUUAAUCCAAGAAAAAAAGAAUUGAGUGGUGAGAAUUGGGUUGAGAAAGACUUAAAAGAAUGGAGGGAAGGAAUGGGUAACUGAGAGAGGGUGGAAAACAGAGUUGGAAGAGGCAUUGGAGGAGGAUUAUUAAUGGUUGGUUUCAUGUGAGGAUUAAAUAUCAGUGUACUUAAUAUGUGAUGGACUGCUGCUUUGGAAAUAUAUUCAUUUGACCAUUACUUGUGUUCAAGUUACCCAAUGGUACUACAUUAUGAUUUUGGAGGCAAUUUACAACACAAUUUUUUGCUUGGGCUUUUUUGGUAACAUCUAAAAUUAUUAUCGUCAGAGCCAUUUCCCAACUAAUUGAGAUGGGUUAUUUGAAUUUUA